GUCGGCAAGAAAUAUAUGCACACACGCACGCCAGUCCUGCGCUCUCCCCCGAUCGCUUUCCAGACCCGCUCUUCCUCGUCGACCGUCCAUUCACCCGUCUUUGCUCUUGCAUCGUGCUCGCCGCCGCCGUGCAACACCAUGGACGAAGACAUCUUUGUACACGAGACGCCUGAGCUUCAGGACGAGCCGAAGCCCCGUAACAGCGAACGAGACGCUCUGCGGGGCGGUUUGCGUGUGGAUAUUCUGGAUGCACGAAGUGGAUAUCUCGGGUGUUCCCGACGCCCAGAUGUCCUACAAGGAGGACCGAUACGCCAGGCUCGUUGUGCUGCGAUACGUGGCCACGCUGGUGGGAUGGCCGGAGGGUGUCCCGUUUGUCAACCUGAGCAGCCGUCUGUUGGGUGGGAUCGCGUCGUUGAGGGUCUUGCGACAGGCGUGGGACAAGGGUGAGCUGCGGUUCGAGCGGGCGACUCCGGAGGAUCUCGAGAAGGCCGCGGCAGACCCGCUGAGCGUGCUCCCAGACGGCGGCAAGUGUCUGGAGCUUCUCGCGCAGGCAAAGUCUCGCUCCGAGUCGACCCCGCCACCGGACGUGCAGCCACUCGUGCGGGUGAUGCACCCGAUCGACUUGAGCGAUCUCGGUACGCACGACCCCGAGGCCGACGUUGA